AUGGACUCUGACGAUUAUACAAACUCAUACACCACCAGUGAUGGCGCCGAUACAGACGCCACCGACCAUCGCCUGCUCGAGCGCCGUGAGCAAAUCACCGACGCCCUGGCAGAUUCCCCCUACGACCUCAUCCUUUACCUCCAACGCGCCGUCGUCUACUCAGAACUUGGCUAUCCUGAUCUCGCUGCUGGUGAUGCCUACCGCGCCCUGCUCUUGACCGACGAGAUCCGCAAUGACGGCUUUGAGUACCACGACCAGGCCAUCGAGGCCCUCAGCCCCUACUCAUCCUCUCCUGCCGCCCUCCCGGAGGUCCUCCGCUAUGGUGACCUCAGCAGGGGUUUGUCCGACAUGGUGGACGGCCAUGGCCCUCACGGCCCCAGCUCUCACCAAGAGCUCGCCGCCAUAGCAUCAAUCCGCUGCUACCAGAUCAUAUCUAUCAGCCUCCUGCUCUGUGGCUGCCUCAAGAGCGCCUACACCUACUGCCAGCGCGGCAUUUCCGCCUUCCCGAGCAACCAGGAGCUCCUCAACACCAAGAAACACAUCCUGACUAUGGGCCGCCGUAGACUCCAGACUGGCGACGUUGAUAUGGACCGCCUGCCAGAGUGGGGCGUUGUGCGGCGGGAGGUCUACCCUUGGAAUGUGUACGAGCCUGAUCGGUUCUCCGACGAGUCCUUGGCAUUCCUCAACGGAGAACUGGCGCCCAUGGCCCCCAAAUGCGCCGUUCGGGUCUCCGAGCUCCCAGUGCUCUUGGACGGCGCGAGCAACACAGACGACUAUGCCAUCAUUCCCACCUGCAGUCAGCUGGGGCUGUUUGCCAAGGAGGACAUCGCCCCGGGCGAGACCGUCUUGAAUGAGUAUUCUCUCCUGACGGCCAAUAACAGGCACAAGGAGUCAGCCUGUGACGCUUGCGGCGUGGAACUGCCGCCUCUGAGCGCCGAGGGCGGUCCCAUCCAGUGCAAAGAAUGCUACGACACGGUGUUUUGCGACGAGUUUUGUCACGACAAGGCGCAGGAGCUUUACCACCCAGCUGUCUGUGAGAAGGACGUGGACGCGAUCGCCAAGGAUCCAGAGGCCAAAGAGGCAGACGCAUCAUUAUACCUGCUCCUUCUCGCCCGCCUGAUCGCCAUGUCUGCACACCAGGAAAUUCACCCCCUGGACGUCAAGAAUAUCAAGUAUAUUUGGGGCGACUUCCUCUCCACGCGCACCAACGCCAUCGACCUCUCGCCCAACGCCGGGCCGCCACCGGACUGGACCCUUCCGUUCUCCUUCAAGUACAACAUCGAACAGCCCCUACACAUCCUCGAGAAGAUGGACAUUGAUAUCUAUCAGACCCUUGAUCGCCACGACCUGUGGGUCUUGAACACCUGCUACGCCAAGUUUAGGGGCACGGCAUCUGCCAGGAAGAGCACGCGAGACGGUCGACCUGACGUGGCGGCCGUACAUCCCUUCUGGUGCCUGGCAAACCAUGACUGCAGUCCGAACGUGACCUGGGAAUGGGGCGGGCGGAUGCGGCUCUGGGCCAGAGAGAAGAAGGUUAACAGUGACGAGCCGGGCGGCAUCAAAGCCGGAGAAGAGAUUCUCAAUCACUACUGCGACAUCAACCUGCCGGUCCAGCAGAGAAGAGAGUGGGCCCAGGGAAGCCUGGGUGGCUGGUGCAUGUGUAAAAGAUGCAGAGAAGAGUCCGCGGGCUGCGGGCAGGAAUCCACGCAAACAUAA